CGAGGACGCUGCGCAGGCAGAAGGACAACAAAGGGACACUUAAUACGCACAGGCGCAAUCUUCUAUCAGUCGGUUCAUCUAUCGCGGAUCGUUCUCGGUCUUCUUCUCUGCCGGUAGAGCGAGCUUUCCAUCUUGCGACUCUCUUUGCUCUGACUUCACGCCACCCCAACCACUCUUGCGACCAUGGCCAACCCCCUCGAUACCGAUGCUGGCUCUGAGCUGUUCGGCUCCUAUGAGGCCGAGCUCAAGCUCGUUCAGGCAGACCUGGCGCAGAAGCUGGAUCAGAUACCCGAACUUUCGGGCGAGCCCCGAAAGGGUGCUAUCAACCAGGCUGAGCGUGCACUCGAGGAGGCCGACGAGCUGCUCGGACAAAUGCGACUCGAAAAGCAGAACAUUCCAACGUCUUCCCGCGCCAAGGUCAACCAGCGGUUCCGCAACUACGAGGCAGAUGUCGAUACGAGCCGUCGAAAGCUCACCUCCCUCUCUUCCGAUCGUUCCGCUCUAUUCGGAUCGCGAUACACAGACGAACCUGCUGGAGCUUCAGACAUCCACCUUGAGCAACGCCAACAACUUCUUUCCGGCACGGACCGUCUAGACCGCAGCACUCAACGGCUCAAGGCCAGCCAGGCCCUCGCCAACGAGACCGAGGCCAUCGGGGCAGACACCCUGGCGAACCUCCACGGACAGCGGGAGAUGAUCCAGCACACCCACGACACACUUCUCAACAGCGAGGGAUAUGUGGACAGAAGCGUCAAGACGUUGCGGGGGAUGGCGCGUAGGUAAUGCCGGUCCUGGAUAGACCGACAUAUCGACAAAUAUGGAUGACUGACAUGAUUACAGGAUGGCUACAAAUCGGGUGAUUACCAUCUCGAUCAUCACCGUUUUAGUCCUCCUCAUCGUGGCGGUCAUCAUCAGCAAAUUUCGGUGAAGCGUAUUUGCGAGUUCGGAGUUCCGGCAGUGUAUUGGGUUCUCAUGUUAUUUCUCUGAAGCAAAAUCGUCGGACAGACGCGUGCCACUUCAGCGCCUGCGAAUGGAAGCUGGGCAGUGUCAUGAGAUCCGAAACUAGUGUGGCAUUGUGAACUGUAUUAUAGAGGCAUUGGCGGGUAAUCGGCAUACAACUCAAGAAAUGUAGGCGAUCCUCAUGCCGCCACGAUAAUGUGGCCGUAUGCUACUUCGUACCCACGCUACUAUUAAAAUUAGCAUCAAAUGACUCAAG